AUGACACUAAAGAUGCUCUAUGGGACAGCCUGGAAANAAGAGCGAACAGCCAAUCUGGUCAACCAAGCUCUCCAGGCAGGCUUCCUCGCCAUCGACACCGCUGCGCAACCAAAACACUACCAAGAACAUCUCGUCGGCAAUGGUGUUCGCUCAUUCCUAUCAACAAGUAGCUUAUCCCGUCAAGAUCUAUACCUGCAAACCAAAUUCACCUCGAUCAAUGGUCAAGAUCCUGAUAAUCUACCCUACGACCCAUCAAACAGCAUCACAGAGCAAGUCAAAGCUUCUGUUGCUUCGUCCCUGCACAACCUCCGACACACCGAAAACGCAGACGAAAGCUAUAUCGAUUGUUUGGUUCUACACAGCCCUCUGCCAACAAUAAACCAAACCAUGGAAGCUUGGGAUGCAAUGUCCUCCUUCGUCCCCACAAAAGUACACUCCUUGGGCAUCUCAAAUACCUCGUUUUCAAUCCUCAAGCACAUCUGGAGCGAAAGUGCUAUAAAACCAAAAGUGGUCCAAAACAGAUUUUACGCAGCGACUGGAUGGGAUAUCGCGCUCAGAGAGUUUUGCACGGAAAAUGGCAUCGAGUACCAGAGUUUCUGGACGCUGACGGGUAAUCCUGAGUUACUUGAUGGACAGCUUGUCAAUAUGGUUGUUGAGAAAGUGGGUGUUAGUACAGAGGUUGCGCUUUAUUCUCUUGUUCAGGGACUUGGUAUCACGCCGAUCAAUGGCACGACAACUCACAUUGAAAGCGACGUGGCUGAACUGUUCAAGUUGAAGCACUGGAAAACCGAAGGUCACAACACCGGGACCUGGGGGAAAUGUGUCAAGACUUUAGAUGCAAUGCUCAAGAAGUGGGCAUCCAAUCUGGAGCAUCGAGCGAGAUGA